AUGAUCUCGAGACGAGACAAAUUGCUGCAGCAGCCCUGGGAGCAGUUGCGAUAUGCGCAGCAUCGCGAGAAAGUGAUGUCCGCCCGGCCGGCGAUUGAUACCAGGACGCCCAGGCAGCACGAUCAUGUGCAGCGCAAGUGGAAGAAGCAGCAGAACGAACGGGAGCGCCAACAGCAAAUCGAACGUGAAAAUCUGCGUCUCCUUCAGAAGCUGGGCGACAUCAUGAGCAGCAAGCGCAUGAAUAAUCUCUGGCUGGAGCCGCGACCCAAUUUUUUGCACCGCGAGAAGCUAUUUCCGACGCGUCCCUACUCCAGCCUGCCACAGAUAGUCACCAUUUAUGGCGCUCAGCCGCCAGGUCCGCUGCUCUAUGGCAUGCUGCCCAAGCCGACUGUAGUUGGUCGUUGUCCGACGUGCAGCGGCAAUCCGCAGCGCACACAGGUGGUCAUACCGGAGCAGCGGAUGCCUUGGGCGCUGCCACGCAAAUCGUCGAGCCGCAAGCAACAGGAUUUGGAGCAGCAGCAGCGCUGCUAUCACUGCGGCGGCCUCAAGAGCACGGAGCGCAACUUCUUCGAUGCGUACGACUCCUUUGACUAUGAAUAACA